AAAAAUUUCACAAAAUUCGAGUGUGAGCUUUUAUGGAGGGCAGAAGGUAAUCGACCACACUCUUCUUCCUCCUCCUCACAAAUCUCAAAUCCUCAAUCGCCGAUUCCAUUAUCACAUUCUUCUUCGCCUUCGAUUCUCAUUUUCAUCGCAUCUCUGGUUUUUACAACUUUACAUUGAACGGAGAAGUUGUUUUGAGUUUGGAUAUGGACCAGUGGUGUUUGUGAAUAUAUUAGUAUGAAAAAGUUGAGAAGAUUGGGGAAGGAACUUAUGGUGUGGUGUACAAGGCUCGUGACCGCGUAACUAAUAAGACUAUAGCUUUGAAGAAGAUCCGUUUGGAGCAAGAAGAUGAGGGAGUCCCAAGCACAGCUAUCAGAGAAAUUUCUCUCUUGAAGGAAAUGCAGCAUGGAAACAUUGUGCGGUUACAAGAUGUGGUGCACAGUGAGAAGCGUUUGUAUUUGGUUUUCGAAUACUUAGACCUGGAUCUGAAAAAGUUCAUGGAUUCAUCUCCCAAUUUUUCAAAGGAUCUUCAGCAGAUAAGAUUGUUUCUCUAUCAAAUUCUCCGGGGCAUUGCUUAUUGUCAUUCUCAUAGAGUUCUUCAUCGAGAUCUAAAACCCCAGAACUUAUUAAUAGAUCGUAGCAAUAAUGCACUUAAGCUUGCAGAUUUUGGACUGGCGAGAGCAUUUGGUAUUCCGGUCAGGACUUUUACUCACGAGGUGGUGACCCUCUGGUACAGAGCACCAGAAAUAUUGCUUGGAUCCCGUCAUUACUCCACCCCUGUUGAUAUUUGGUCAGUAGGGUGUAUAUUUGCUGAGAUGCUGAAUCAACGACCAUUAUUCCCUGGGGACUCUGAGAUUGAUGAGUUGUUCAAGAUAUUCAGAAUAUUGGGUACUCCGACCGAGGAUACAUGGCCGGGAGUGGGCUCUCUACCUGAUUAUAAAUCUUCAUUUCCUAAGUGGCCCUCAAAGGACAUAGCGAGUCUUGUUCCAAAUCUCGAAUCAGCUGGUGUUGAUCUUCUUUCGAAAAUGCUUCGUCUGGAUCCCGUGAAGAGAAUUACGGCCAGAGCUGCUCUCGAGCACGAGUACUUCAAAGAUAUUUCCCUCGUGCCUUGAAUUUUGCAUCCGUUUUCAUGGAAAGACAAUUUGUCUAUAGUAUGUUUAGUAAUCAUUUGGAUUUCGAUUGUGUGAGAAUCGUGUGCUUGUGUUGUGAUUUAUAUUUUUGAUCGCUUUCGACAUAGUUUUGAUAAAAAUUUGCUUUGGCUUUUGAUAUGUUAAAAAUCUCUCAAUGGGAGUCUGCUCUCAAUUCUCCCAUGUUCUAUCCAUGGAAAGAUAUAUAUACCAAUGUUGAUUGUAAUUUUCUUCUUUUUCCCUUUUUUUUUGGAGAAAUGGGAAUUAUAUUAAUUUUGAUUAGCCCAAUAAUUUAAUGAUA